CGACUGCUUUAUCAAAUGGAUCAUGAAAAUGGAAGGAUUGUGAAUUGUCUUUGUGGAAUUGGAAAAGUAAUGGCACAAAACUCUGCCCGAAAUACUUUGAAAGGCAACCAGUCACGUCUGAGAUACCUACGCAACUUGAUUCUGGGUUCCAAUGUUUCCUACAUCUUCUUGCGAAUGGUCCUUCGAAGGAAUUCUUAUACGGUUGUGCAGUUUUUACUAUGGUUAAUUUCAGUUCUAUUGUCGGCUUCUUGUUUCUUUUUCCUUUAUGAUGCUGCAAAGCCAACUUAUGAUAGAGGAACCUUAAUUGAUGGCGGUUAUGACAUAUCGAAAAAGGGUUGGAUGGAAUACUGUCACGACAUAAUAUAUGUUUGUUGCUUCUCAACUAUAUUAGCCAUAUUUUCAAAAAAGUUUUGGUUCACUUUGUUAUUGGUAUGUUUCUUGGUAGAGAAAAAUUUUGCCUGACAACUUUAUAGAUACCCACUUACGGCUUGUAUUCAGUUAUAUGCUUGUUUAUAUCUCCUACAAAUCCAGUUUCCUCCUCCAAGGUUGUAGUGAAUGUAUUCUUCGCUUAUUUCUAUAAACUUUUUUUCAUAGAA